AUGAAUUAUCUUACAUUGAGGCAGCCAACCUUUGUGAUUCAUCCCUCUAAUUUAGAUUCCUCAGAUAGUUCCAAAUACCUGAUUAAAUACCGCAACAUAACCAGGGACAAGCUGAUGCUUCAUUUUAAUAAUCAAAUAAGUAAAGUACAGAGUGCCCACUACUCCCACACUUUUCAGAAGGGUUUGCAGUUCUUCAGAACUGUCUGGGACUCUCCAUUCCAUAAAGUUCCUGUAUUGUUUCUAGAAUCCAGCCAGGGAGGUACUGACCACUCCCAAGGGCUCAAGAAUAUGCUGGCUUGAUUGAGAAUCAACCGUGUUGUUCCCAUCCUUUUGGACCCAGUCAAAUGCACUAGCGUUGAAAAGAUGGUGAACUAUGUUUUUACUCAAAUAUGUCAGAUAGCACACCAAGAGUUUAAUAGAGUUUUAAAGAUCACCAGGGCCUCAUCUUAUGAGAAUCCAACAGUCAGGAAAAUAAUUAAGAGCAAUUUAAGGAAUCUGGGAGAUGGUAAUACAACUAACAAACAAGAUUUUGAUAUACCAACAAUUCGAUAUACUUCAAAUGGACAAUAUUUUGAGAUUCCAGAUUCUUCUCAGAUCCCAAAAGGAUUUGAAUUAGCAGAUCUUGAGUGAUUGGUUCUAUGGAAGAUAAAAAUGUUGACGCCAGCUAACUUAAAGAUGUACCCGAUUGUUCUGGUAAUAAAAGAUCUGGAUCAAUUCCCUGAUGAUUAUAUGAACCUUCUGAUAUAUAAUCUUCACAAAUGUUGGAAAAAGCAUUCUAUUCAGAUUGGGCUAAUUCUCGGGACAAAAGGAUAUCAAUUUGAUGAGAAUACAUGAAAUAUCUCAAUCAAAAGUUGGGAUUUAAUUAUUCCAUCAAAAUUGAACUUUCCUCAUUCAAGAGACAUCAUUGUUGAAGUUAUGCAAAAUCUGAUCAAAUGCCCAUCUCAUUCCUUUACAUUUGAUAGAGAGUUCGCCAUAAGAAUAUUGAGUAUAGCUCAAGUGUGAGGGCUUACAAUUGAGCAGUUUAGAAAGGCUUUAAAAUUUGCAGUUUGUAAGUUUGUAUUGAAGGAUCCCUACUUUUUUCUGACAAUAGCUGAGCCUAUGACCUGAUUAGAAGUUAAAGAUAAGAAGCAAUAUAAAUUAAAAAUAAGCCAAGUUAUUAGAAAUAUUUCUUUAAAAAGUCCUAUCAAAGCAGUGGGAUGUAGCAAACCCCCAAGCCAACUUCGUAAGAGAUUAUUGAAGAAGAUGAUCAAGAAAUACAAAGAGGCAUCAAAAUUAGAACAUCCAAAUCCAAGUAAAUCCUCCCAAAACAUUAUGUGCGAUACACUUUGUAGUAGCCAGAGUGAACAUUGAAACGACAGCGAGUUUAAGGGAAAAGGAAAAACAAAUUGGAGCCAAAUCUGGCCUCUUUUAGGCCCAAGAGGGAGGUUCAGCUCAUCCUAAACUAAUAAUGCUUAAUUUGUUUCUUUAUUAAGU